UCAUUUAGCAAGUUCGUCAAACAAUUCUUUUAGACAAAAUGGACAAACUAAAGAAAGUGCUCAGUGGAAACGACGAAGAUGAGGAAGAGGGUAUUGUUACGCAGAUAAGCAACAGCACAACUCUUAGCUGGUCUACAAGGAUCAAGGGCUUCAUUGUGUGCUUUGUUCUUGGAGUAUGCUUAUCUAUCCUGGGAAGCUGUUUACUUUUCCUGAAAGAUGGUCUGGUCAUAUUUGCAGUAUUAUACACAUUUGGAAAUGUAUUGUCUUUAGCAAGCACAUGCUUCCUUAUGGGACCAGUGAAUCAACUAAAAAAGAUGUUUGCUAAAACCAGAGUAAUAGCAACAUUACUUGUAAUUGUAAUGUUUAUUUUGACACUCGUGUGUGCAUUUGCUUUGAAAAAUACAGCUUUGGCCAUUGUAUGCUGUGUGUUACAGUUUCUGGCUUUAACUUGGUAUUCAUUAUCCUACAUCCCAUUUGCAAGAGAUGCAGUUAAGAAGUGUUUUGGUGCAUGCUUGGAAUAGAGUGCCACAGUUUAAAUAACAAUCACAGAUAGGUACAGAGUGCUACAGUUCACCAUUAUCAAGUCAACAACCAUCAGCAUGUUUGACAUGGUAAAAGUAUAUAUUUAUUCAGUUUGUAAAUGUGUAUGUAUGGGUAUAAAAGAAAUCUGAUAUCUAUUGAGACUGUUCUGUUUUGUGAUUGGUUAUUUUGUUAACAUGAACAACAUUAGUGAAUCCAUGAUACUAGCUAUUAAAUCACAAAUUUUCAAAACACUUACAUGUAGUCCGAUUCCUGUAGAGAUUCUGGUGUACAGAUUUUGGCCAUCCAACACUAACACAUUUUAAGUGAUGUACAGAUUAAGACUAUUCUGAGGACAAAUACACUAUUCAUGUAUAAAUUCUUGACCAUGAAAUCUAAAUACAAUUUUUUUUGUAAAUAUGAUUUCUUGAUUGUAUGUUAAUGUUUAACUCUGAAAGAGCAUUGUUAAUGAUUGAAAUAUAUUAUUUUUGUUAAACUCUGUAUUCUGCUAAGAUUUUAGCUGCAGAUAUGUUCCAUUAAUUAAAUUAUAUGCUACAAAUAUGUUCAGUUGAAACGAUUUGAAGAUGUUACUUCUAGACUGCCUAUUCAGGUUCAGAUUUAUUCUGUUUUAUACUUUCAGAGUGUAUUAUAGUUGUUGUAUGUUAGAAGAUGUAAAGCUUAUAACAUUUAAUACUGGUAUAUUUGUAAGAGUUGGUGCUGGCUUAAUGCUGAUUGUUGUGCCUCCAUGUAUUGCUAAGAAUUCAGGUAUCAGUAUGUUUUAUACCGCCGUUCCCUGCAAAGUCAUCGGUUAUCAAUCUCAGCAAAAAUUUGUAUAAAUGAUUGUUAUAUCUUGUAUUUGUGCAUCUCGAUCUUAUCCUAAUGUUUUGACCAAUGCAGGUUUAUAUUUUUUCCCUAAAAGUUUCUAUGUCCAUGGGUUUUUUUUUGAGGAAAUGUGGAGCACUUGCAAAUGUAUAAGUUAUCAAUGGGGUGAUAGUUCUUGUAUUGAAAAAAAAUAUUUGUGACACUUCAUAUGGAUGCCAUAUUAUGUAAAUCUAAGUAAUGUGCACUUUGUCAAAUGAUUACUUAAAAAUUAUUACUGGGUAAUAUUGGUUUUGGGACAUUUUUCUAUUUCAAGUAAUUCUCAUUUGGUUUAAUUUUCAUACCUUUUUAUCUGAAAGAUAAAGUCUUGAUAUUAAGAAAUAAUUAGACAUUAAUACAUUGCACAUUGUGGGGUUUAUGUAGCAUGAAACAAGCCCAUUUAAAGUUUAGAGAUCUGAGGAAAUAUUUUAAGUUGUUUAAAAAGUUAUCAGGAGAUGCUUAAAAUUUUUCCUAAAGUUAUAGAGAUCGAAAGAUGUAAUGGACUAUUGCUCUUAUGGUCUGACAAUGAUUCUACCAUAUUAAGGACUAGAAAGGUAACACAUAUAUCUAAUGCUCAAAAGAACUUUUUUUUGCCUGCUUGUAUGACAUCCUCGAUUAAAGCUUAAAUCUUUAAGUUUUUUAUAUGAAUAUAUCAUUCUUGUACAGAUUUUGGGGCCAAAACCAUUUUCAAUAUUUGUUAUAUCUUUUGAUCAUUGGAACAAAGUAUGCUGUUUAAACAUAUACAUUUAGUUACAGUAUUCCUUUAUUUACAAAUGUCUUAACUAAACAGCCUAUUUUACAUUUGCAUGUAUUUUUCAGUAGUUUAAUUCUUGUAGAAUAUUUGGUUUCUACAGAGCAAAAAUAUUUCUAUAACCCAAGUUUCCACUCAAUAUUUUUUUUCUACCUGUUGUAAUGAACAAGAGAUUUUUAUCAAAACCCAGACUAAACUUCUUAUUCUUAAUCAUUUUAAACAGUAAAAAUGAACACAAUUAGCAGCGGAUAGAUGCACAAAAUUACAGUACUGUAUUUGAGGAAUAUUACUGCAGUUUAACAUUUGUCAAUUUUGUCCUUUUGUUAACAAAGUGCAAAGAGAAAAGUUGGGCAAAUGCUUUAUUUUAGCUAGAAUAUAUUGUUUUUAUAUGUUAAGUUUUUAAAUCUGACUAAAAUGAUCAUUUUAAUGAAAAGAUGAACAGACGUCUAGGCAAAUGUUUCCCCACUGUAUAGUAGUUAGCUUAUCAAAUUAAUCAUUAGUACUUACUGAAUAUAAGCUUACUGUAAAGAUGACAGGAUUUUCAAACAUUACUUUAGAAAUAUUCUCAUUUGAGAUUUGUCAUGGAUUAAUGUAAUUUUCUAAUUUAGCAUUUGUACAUUUGUUUUUCUUGAUCUACCUUACAGAGAUUAAGUUGUAUUUUUCUAUGGAAUGGUUUCUUUGUAAUAUGUACAAUUAUGUGAAUUGCCUUACAUUAAAGAUACAUAUUUUUUUAGCAUAUAAAAUUGACCAUUAAAAUUCAACAAUUAUUGGUUUGCUGUAGAAGAAAUUUGGUAAAUGGAAGAAAAUAUUUGUCAUGACUAGCCUUUCGCUCGACAUUUUUGUUACGGUUGUGACUUAUUGGAAUAGAAGUUUUACGGUUUUCUUUAUAUUUUGAAAAAUCAAAAUGAAAAUAGAGAUAUUUUUCAAAAGUGAAGUGUGAUAUUCAAAGUGUCGGCAAACUCUGAUGUUGGUUUGAGUCAAUUUCUAGACAUUGUUUAUUUUCUUUAAAGGUUUUGGUGCCUUAAUUGAAAAAAAGCUUUUCAAAAUGUUACAUUUUAUCAAAAGGGGUACAACUCUUGCCAUCAGAUUGUUUAAUGUUAUUUUUCUAUAUACUGUGUGUUGUUCAAUGUCUUUAGUAAUAAUAAUUGGUUUUUGAGUGAUUAUAUAGCUUAAAUUAUAGCAGAGAUAAAUAUUAAAAUUCCAAAAAGUUCUGCUUUUAAAAUAUACUGUUCCUGGUACAUGUAUCCCUUGUAAGCCCUUAGAAUAAGGGUAUAUCUUGGUAAAAUUAAAGAGUCAAGACACGGUAUUGGAUUCUGGAUGUGAAAAAGUGACUCGGAAACUAUUGUAUGAAGAUACCUAUGUCUUGAAGGUUUGCUGACAUCAAUAGUCAAUAACCUUAAAAAUCUGUCUUUUUGCUUCUUUAGUAAACAUCGUACAUGAUUAGGUGAUCGGUUUCAUACACCAUAUAUCUUAAAAGCAUUUUUGAUUCUGUACCUCCAGAAUCCAAGGGUUCAUACAUGUAGUAGAUGUGAUGACAAGCACGGAAUCCUCGGAAUUCUAAGAUAGAAGAUUGAAGGCAUCUGUUGGGAGAUAUUAUCAAUAUCAAAUCUACUUCUACCUCUCAAUUGAAAUUUACCUAGCAUUCCUUACGUUGUUUGUUGGUAAAGAGAUGGAAAGUGCCUCCCACCUUUCUUAUUAGUAUAAGACAAAGCUAUAUUUAUAAGAUACAAACACAUACACUUUUUGUAUCACAUCUUGUCAGAAAGCAUUAAAAUGAUAGUGAUUAUUCUGUAAAAUGUUGGUUUUUGUGAAGGUAUUGUAUAUAGUCUGACAGCUUAAUUGACACCUGCAGUUUUGUAAACAGAUUUUCAAGUCAAGAUAGGGAAUUAUCUUAUGUAGAAAUGUGAACAAUACCUGUUAUUUACAGGGUUAUUUAUUCAGCUCAUGAAAUGUAGGAAAUUAGAUGGUCCUUUGUAGAGAAAUAUUAUCCUUCUGACAUGGGGAAGGAGAGAAGGUUUACAAAUUACAGUCAUUCUGAGGCAGGAUCAUCUGCAGUACAUGUAACUGUGGUUCACUUAGUGUCAUGUGGGAAUCAGUCACAUGCCUAGAACACUGUAGAAAGGCAGGUUCUAUAUAUAGCAUUGAUGAUAAUUGGAAACAUGGACUUAUAUAACUUUCAAAACUCUGUGUACAUUUAAAAAAUAGAUGAUCUGUUGGAUGUUGGUAACAGUAAUCUAGAACAACAAAACAAAUAACUUUAACAAGUAUGAUUGGAUUGACUGAGUAAAAUAGAACAAUUUAGAGGUGUUAUGAGGUUGCUAUUUUUUUACCUGAUGUGCUUGAUACAAUGAAAAAAUAACCGAAGCAUUAUACUCCUUAAGUAUGAAUGCAUUAAAUAGAAUUUAUUCAGAAUUAAUCCAUUGUCUUUUUACAUCCCAAAAUGGAAUACAUUCUAAUAGAGAAUUGAUAGAAAACAUUCUAACUCUAAUACAAAGAUAAUUAGCUUUAUAAGUAUCUGGAAAGAUCUUGGAUAUAUUCAGUGUCAAAACUGAUAUAUUUAUCUAGAUACUGAACAGUAAAUGUUAAGCUAACAUGAAGAUACACACAUGGACUUGCAGAUACCAGGUAUGUCUCUAAUCAAAAUUUGGUUCAGAUUCUGUCUCAUUUCUACGCAGAAUUUACAAUGCAAAAGUUGGUCAAAGACUUGUGGACCAGUGCAUCGAUAUUUCUGUACGUUUGUACACCUAGAUAGGGCAUCAGAUGAACUAAUGCUGGUAUCUUUGGACUUGUUAUGGAGUAACUCUACGACUACUAGCGGUUAAUGAAAUGUAGUUAUUUAUGUAAAUUGCAUCCAUUAAAUAUACAACAUGUCCAUAUUUGUAUGUAUGAUGAAAUA